UCAAUUUUAACUGUGAAAUUUGACUGUUAUUUCGUACACGAGCAUUUUUUGAAUGGUAAAAGAAAAAAGUCAACAAAAACAGCUUCCUCGCCCUCUGUUAUCUCAGCAUGUUUUUCAUUUUCUCAUCAGCAAUCAACUCAUCAAUAUCAAUAUCGCAGACAAAAGAUUCAGAAUUUGUUCUUCUAGUCUAGUCUAGGAGAUAAUAAUAAGUAUAUACACCCAUUUGCUCGAAAGAAUUCGAUGAAGAAAGGAGCUUUAGCCCCAACGCUUAAGCUCUCUCUUCCUCCUCCUGAUGAAGAUGCUCUUUCCAAAUUCCUGACUCAAUCAGGAACAUUCAAGGAUGGAGAUCUGCUGGUGAACAAAGAUGGACUUCGAAUCGUUUCUGAGAAUCAAGUUGAAACUUCUUCAGUUAUACAACCUGCGGAUAACCAGCUAAGCUUAGCAGACUUUGAAUCCAUUAAAGUUAUUGGGAAGGGAAAUGGCGGGGUUGUGCGUCUCGUUCAACAUAAGUGGACCGGUCAAUUUUUCGCUCUCAAGGUCAUUCAAAUGAAUAUAGAUGAGACUAUUCGUAGGCAUAUUGCAAAGGAACUGAGAAUUAAUCAGUCUUCACAAUGCCCUUAUGUUGUCGUGUGUUACCAAUCUUUUUUCGAUAAUGGCGCCAUCUCCAUAAUCCUUGAAUACAUGGAUGGUGGAUCUCUUGCAGAUUUUUUGAAAUUAGUGAAAAAUGUCCCUGAACCAUAUCUUGCUGCUAUCUUCAAGCAGGUACUCAAGGGAUUGUGGUAUCUUCAUAAUGAAAAACAUGUCAUUCACAGGGACUUGAAGCCUUCAAAUUUGCUUAUGAAUCACAGAGGGGAUGUUAAGAUAACCGAUUUUGGCGUUAGUGCAGUACUAGCGAGCACAUCCAGUGCCGCUAAUACCUUUGUCGGCACGUACAAUUAUAUGUCUCCAGAGAGAAUUGCUGGAAGCAGCCACGGGUAUAGCAGUGACAUAUGGAGUCUAGGGUUGGUUUUGCUCGAGUGUGCAACAGGCAAUUUCCCAUAUCGCCCACCCCAACCGGAGGAAGGAUGGGAUAAUGUUUAUGAUCUUAUGGAAACUAUAGUUGAUCAACCAGAGCCUCGUGCGCCUUCUGACCAGUUCUCACCAGAGUUCUGCUCAUUUAUCUCUUCAUGUGUGCAGAAGGACCCUAAGAAAAGACUUUCUGCAAAUGAAUUAAUGAGUCACCCUUUCAUCCAUAUGUAUGACAAUCUGGGUAUAGAUCUUGCAUCUUACUUCACAGCUGUUGGACCUCGACUAGCUUCGUUUGAGAUAUAAUCGGCAGGCAUACUUGUUUGAAGCUUGUGUGAAGUGUCUCCUGACAUGGCCACAUAGCGUUUUUAGGCAUCCAGUUGCAACAUAUCAACAUGAAGAUAUAUGAGAAACAUCUUUAGUUUGCUGCAUGAAAAACAUUGAGCGAGAUAUGAAUUUUUAAAAAAUAACCAUGGAUGUAAUUGUGCCCAUUCUUUGUUUAAGAAAGAUGUAGACACCGCUAAACCAGAAUUCCAUUUCUUCUCUUGUACCACUGUAUGUUUGUUUUUAGUACUAAUCUAUGUCCUUAUUUCCUGCCAAAUGGUAAUGGCAAUUUGUUAAAAGAACAUGUAGUCUUCCUCAUGGCCAGAAGUGUUCCUUGGCAGCCUUAAAAAAAUUACUAGUGAGAAUCCAUCAGAGAAACACCCAAGCAUGUGCAUAUAUUUGAUACUCUAUGAGAUUGCACUAACAAACACAUUAAAAUAACUUUAAAAAAAUGCUGACAAUGAAUUUGAAACAUGAUGCAUAAAGAUAUAGCACCAAGUAUGCAUAUGUUCCGACCAUCUCGUUUCGAGAAAUUGUACAUGCAAGUGCUGCGAAAGACCAAUUUAGUGAAUAGUAUGAAUUUUCAUUGCAAUUCAGAAGAAAAGGGGUUAGUGAUUCC